AAAGAAUUGGUUAAAAUGGAAAAUGACAUGUUCCACGACAGCCAUCAAGCAUUCAUGAAUUGAAUGGAGUUGUUGACAACUUCAAAGGUUGAAAUAAUUGAGUCUAACACGUUAGCAAACAAAGGGAAUUAAGAAAUUAAUUUGUCAACUUCAAUUGCUUCUCUUCAACUUGACUUCUUCUUCAAUUGCAUGUAUGUGCGUGUGUAUAUAUAAACAAGAUUUCACUCCAGUUUCUAGUAAGUAGCAAGCUCUCUAGACACUUGAUAAAUUGAAAACAAACAUGGGACUAUUUGGAAGAAAAUUCAAGGCAUCAAAAGUUACAACACUGGCUAACCUUGCCAUCUCAAGGAUUUCCAUUCUGAAAAAACAACACCAGGUUAGGUGCUCACUUGCCCUUUCUGAUGUUACUCAACUACUACAUCUUGGUCGCCAUGAAGAUGCUCUUCAUCGAGUCGAAUUUGUUAUCAAGGAACAGAACACUGUAGAUGCACUUUUAAUGAUGGAAAGGUAUUGUCAUCUCCUAAUAGAAAAAAGGGUGCUCAUAAAAACUAAAGGGGAAUGUCCUGAGGAGCUAGCAGAGGCAAUCUCAAGCUUGAUUUAUGCAGCUUCAAGAUGGGGAGAAUUCCCAGAGCUGCAUGAACUUCGUGAGAUUUUCACCUCAAGAUAUGGGAAUGAAUUUGCGUCUCAAUGUGUUGAAUUAAGAAAUAAUUGUAGCGUGCAGCCAAAGAUGAUACCUAAGCUAUCAAAAUGGCACACGGGUUCAGGGAAAAGACGCGAUAUGCUUAAUGAUAUUGCUGCUGAUUGUGGUAUCAAUUUGUGUGUAAAGGAUGAGACUUGUCAGAUAUCAGAAUCAAAGCCAGAGGUUAACAGCGAAAAUGGAUGUGCUAAAGAUGAAGAGGGAUCUUAACAAGGCAUAGAAGCAGAUUCAGUGAUCAAAUUGGAGGGUAGUCAGUACAUAAUGCCUGAUGCUUUUCCUAUCAGCAGCAGCACUACUAAGCAAGAAUUGUUUGGAUCUAUCUAAGCCUAAUAAGGGAAAAGCAUUAUUAAGGCAUGGUUGACUGACAAGCAUCUUUGCAAUCAUGCAACCAUAACAUAUUCGCUAGGAAAACAGCGAUAGAGAAGCUGCAUGUGACAGAAGCUAUUCAGGGAAUCAUGUAACUGUUAUCUUACUCAUUAAUACUGCAUCGAGUGCCUAGCUUUCUUCAUAUUCUUUUCUUAGCUAGGAAUUUGCUUGUGUGUGUAUGUUGGGGGUGGGGAGCUCUUAGCUUUUUGUUUACCCAGAUCAUUUAUGUAGACAGAAAACAUAUAGGUAGGUAGAUGUAGAUCAGUAAACAAUCACAUAUGUUCUGCACAAAACAUGAGGUACUGCAUUUAUUAGAUUCCCACUUAUAAAUAACUUGCGCUCCCUACGAUUCUUCAAUAUUCGUUUUUUUUUUUCCAAUUAUGCUCCAUUGUGUCAAACUUUUCAUUAUUGGAGUAGUUACAAAAUCUCUACGAAUAGGAUUUCUUAUUCCAUGAUAUUUAGAUGAAGUUCCCCUUUAAAUAAGUCCCUUAUACCUAUAGUGGUCUGUAACUAAUUCCUAAGAUCCAUACAAGGGUUUGAAGUGCUCCCUACCAAGUUUUUUUUCCCAAGUUAGAAUCAAGAUCUCUAGUUAUAA